UCGAUUCAAUCCAGCCAAUUAAAUAUCGACGCUCAUCACUUCCAGCCCGCAAACACGUGCGCAAACAAGCAGCUUGGAGAGAGAAAGAGAGAGCAGUGUUAGUCUACUUCUGUUCUUUAUAGCCUAAUGUUGGAGAUAAUGUUAAAAUGUUCUCAUGGCCGUUCAUCCCUUCAGAAUAACUGUUGAUUUGUUUUCGCACGCGUUCAUUCCAUCGCACUCGCCUCUCUCGCUGCGUGUCUUAUUGGAGCUCACCGCGCGGUGGCACCGUGCAUCAGCCCCCUCCGCGCGCACCGCUCUCUCCGAUCCGCUGCUCAUAUGAUGCUGAAGAUCUUCAGCGCAACGGGCCGGUUCUUGGGCGGCAUUCGGCGAUGACAGUUUGAUCUCUCACGAACAGCGUCUCUCAUCCUCGUACACAACGGAGCUUUACGCGCAGCAUGGUUCGACUGGACCAAACAGCACCACGGCGCACUAAAACGGGACUUGGAAAGUUACUCAUGCCGAAUGAAGCUCAUUCUGCAUCUGGGCGGACUCACUGAACGGGAGGUUCUUCAAUGCUGAAAGACUCGUCUUGGGGAUAACAAACAGCCGCGCGCUAGUAACUGAGACGAACUUUCGGUUCAUUGGCUCAAGGAGAAUAACAGCGUUAUUGUUUAUGAGUGAACCAUCAUCCGUCUAAUCACGUUCAAAGGAUCGUUAUCAACAGUUUAUUAACUAGAGGCGCUUGCGCUCUGGAUUGGGAAUGUAUUUAUCGAUCAAAGUGAACGCAUGAGCGCAGAGACAGUGGAUGAAUGAACAAAAAGUCUCACUGAAAAAUCAAUAUUGCCGUGCUUUGGAGUCGUAGAAUUGUGCGCGCAAAGUUUGAACAUAAACAAACUCACACUUACAACUGAGAUCAGUACUAUCACGCGUAUAUUAAUGUGAAGGAUUAGUGUCUUACUGAAUCGAACAAGAGCUCGUUUCAUGCGCAAAGACGCGCCCGAGAUACUUCAGAAAAUUACGCGCACAACUGUGGCUGGACUGUGAGGAGCAACAUGUACCCUGCGUGCCGGACAAACGCGUUCUGUAUCUCUCCAUCUGCUGCUCUGGCAAUGUUUGGGAAUUCGGGUAAAGCGAGAAUGAGACCCUGUUGGAUUGUAAUAUUGCUGUUGGUGCUUCUACAUCUGGCUUCAGCACAAGAUGACGUUCCUCCAUACUUUAAAACAGAGCCGGUCCCGAGUCAGUUGCAUCUAGAGAGGAACCGGUUGGUCUUGACCUGUAUGGCUGAAGGAAGCUGGCCUUUGGAGUUUAAAUGGAUCCACAACGAUACAGAGAUCACACGGUUCUCGCUCGAGUACAGGUAUUUGAUUCCAUCUCUGGACCGAUCGCAUGCUGGCUUCUACAGGUGCAUUGUGAGGAACCGAGUUGGAGCUCUGUUACAGAGGAGAACUGAAGUACAAGUGGCAUAUAUGGGAAGUUUUGAGGAAGGGGAACGAACUCAAGCUGUAUCCCAAGGAGAAGGAGCCGUGAUACCAGCGCCUCGCAUUCGCUGUUUCCCUCAACCACAGGUUACCUGGUUCAGAGACGGACGCAAAAUCCCUCCCAGCAGCCGCAUAGCCAUCACUCUGGAUAAUACGCUGGUCAUCCUGUCCACCGUGGCCCCAGAUGCUGGACGAUACUACGUGCAAGCUGUGAAUGACAAGAACGGAGAAAAUAAGACCGGCCAACAUAUAACACUGUCUGUGGAAAAUGUCGGUGGUCCUGCAGACCCCAUCGCACCCACCAUCGUAAUACCGCCGAGGAACACCAGCGUCAUCUCCGGCACUUCUGAGGUCACCAUGGAGUGUGUGGCCAAUGCCAGGCCACUGAUAAAGCUGAGCAUCAGCUGGAAGAAGGACGGUGUGUUGGUGAGGAGUGGCCUGAGUGAUUUUAACCGCAGACUGACCGUGUUGAGUCCAGCAGUCAGCGACUCAGGCUUCUAUGAGUGUGAAGCUGUUCUCCGCAGCAGUAGCGUUCCCGCGGUCAGCGCUGGAGCGUAUCUUCAUGUGCUUGAACCACCUCAGUUUGUGAAGGAACCUGAGAAACACAUCACAGCAGAGAUGGAGAAAGUUGUGGACAUUCCUUGUCAGGCCAGAGGUGUUCCUCAGCCUGAUAUUGUGUGGUAUAAAGAUGCAGUUCCCAUAAGCCCUGUGAAGACGCCGCGCUACAGAGUGUUGAGCGGCGGUAGCCUUCAGGUAAACGGCCUUCUGCCUGAUGACACCGGGAUGUUCCAGUGCUUCGCCCGAAACCAAGCUGGAGAGGUGCAGACCAACACCUACCUCGCAGUGACCAGUAUAGCACCGAACAUCACGGCAGGGCCUUCCGACAGCACUGUGAUUGACGGCAUGUCAGUUAUCCUGCACUGUGAGACCUCGGGAGCGCCCCGUCCUGCCAUCACCUGGCAGAAAGGAGAACGAGUGCUGGCAAGUGGUUCCGUUCAGCUCCCGCGGUUUACUCUCCUGGAAUCAGGAAGUUUACUCAUAAGCCCGUCCCAUAUAUCAGACGCCGGCACUUACACCUGCAUGGCCAGCAACUCACGUGGCAUAGACGAGGCCUCUGCUGACCUUGUGGUCUGGGCCCGCACACGCAUUACUAAUCCCCCUCAGGAUCAGAGCGUCAUCAAAGGAACGAAAGCCACCAUGACCUGCGGUGUGACACAUGACCCCAGCGUCUCAGUCAGGUUUGUUUGGGAGAAGGACGGUCAGGUGAUCGUCACUCAGGGUUUGCCCCGGCUGCGUCUGGACGUCAACGGGACUCUGCACAUCUCUCAGACCUGGUCAGGAGACAUCGGCACAUACACCUGCAGAGUGACAUCAGUUGGCGGCAACGACUCCCGUAACGCACACUUGCGCGUCAGGCAGCUGCCUCACGCCCCUGAGAACCCCAGCGCAGUGUUGAGCAGCACAGAGAAGAGAGCCAUAAACCUGACGUGGGCCAAACCUUUUGAUGGAAACAGCCCUCUUAUCCGCUACAUUCUGGAAGUUUCUGAAAACAAUGCUCCUUGGACAGUCCUGUUAGCCAACAUUGAGCCUGAAUCAACCGCUGUAACGGUGAACGGCCUGAUCCCGGCACGCUCCUACCAGUUCCGCCUGUGUGCCGUCAACGACGUGGGCAAAGGCCAGUUCAGUAAAGAGACUGACCGAGUGUCCCUUCCAGAAGAGCCUCCCAGUGCUCCCCCUCAAAACGUCAUCGCCAGCGGCCGCACAAACCAGUCCAUCAUGAUUCAGUGGCAGCCUCCACCCGAAAGCCACCAAAACGGCAUCCUCAGAGGAUACAUCAUCCGGUAUCGUCUGACUGGUCUGCCUGUGGAUAUCCAGUAUAAAAAUAUCUCGAACCCUGAUGUCACCAACCUGCUGCUGGAGGAUCUCAUCAUCUGGACUAAUUAUGAAAUCGAAGUGGCGGCUUAUAAUGGAGCUGGACUGGGGGUUUACUGUCAUAAAGUUACAGAGUGGACACUUCAGGGAGUUCCCACCAUUGCUCCAGGCAACGUGAAAGCAGAGCCCGUCAACUCCACCACAAUCCGCUUCACCUGGACAGCCCCGAACCCGCAGUUCAUCAACGGCAUCAACCAGGGCUACAAGCUGUUAGCAUGGGAGCCAGGAAAGGAAGAUGAGACGACAGUAGUGACGGUUCGGCCCAACUUUCAGGACAGCGUUCAUGUGGGCCACAUCGGCGGAUUGAAGAAGUUCUCAGAGUACUACACAUCUGUACUGUGCUUCACCACACCAGGAGACGGACCCCGCAGCUCUCCAAGACGACUGCGAACACAUGAAGACACUCCUGGUGCUGUGGGUCAUCUGAGCUUCACUGAGAUUCUGGACACUUCUCUUAAAGUCAGCUGGAGAGAGCCAAAUGAGAAGAACGGCGUUCUGACUGGUUAUCGUAUAUCAUGGGAGGAGUACAACCGCACUAACACACGAGUUACACACUAUCUGCCCAACGUGACUCUGGAGUACCGAGUGACCGGACUGACGGCUCUCACCACAUACACCAUUGAGGUGGCAGCCAUGACCUCUAAAGGCCAGGGUCAGCUGUCAUCCUCAACCAUCUCUUCAGGAGUACCACCAGAGCUUCCCGGCCCACCCACAAACCUGGCCAUUUCAAACAUAGGCCCUCGAACGGUAACCUUACAGUUUAAGCCCGGAUACGACGGCAAGACUUCAAUUUCCCGUUGGCAGGUAGAGGCUCAGGUGGGAGUCAUUGGGGAGAAUGAGGAUUGGGUGAUGGUUCAUCAGCGGGCCAAUGAGCCUGAUGCUCGCUCCCUGGAGGUCUCCGGCCUUAACCCUUACACAUUUUACAGGUUCCGCAUGCGUCAGGUGAAUAUAGUAGGCACCAGUCCACCCAGCCAGCCUUCCAGAAAGAUCCAGACCUUGCAGGCUCCUCCUGAUAUGGCCCCUGCAAAUGUCACCCUACGGACGGCCAGUGAAACCAGCCUCUGGCUUAGAUGGGUGCCUCUUCCUGAAUGGGAGUACAAUGGGAACCCUGAUUCGGUGGGUUAUCGUGUGCAGUACAGCAGGACUGGAGCUCCAUCUAAAGCUCUGCUGCACGUUAUCGCAGACCGUCUGGAGAGAGAGUUCACUAUAGAGGACCUGGAGGAGUGGACCGAAUAUGAGGUCAGAGUUCAGGCCAUUAACGGCAUCGGAGCGGGACCCUGGAGUCAACCUGUACGGGGCAGAACCAGAGAGUCUGUCCCCUCUUGUGGCCCCACAAAUGUUUCUGCAUUUGCUACUACCUCCAGCAGCAUUCUGGUCCGCUGGUUUGAAGUUCCGGAACCUGACCGGAAUGGACUCAUCCUAGGAUAUAAGGUGGCAUACAAGGAGAAGGAUUCAGACUCUCCUCUUCAGUUCUGGACUGUUGAAGGAAACGCCAGUCAUAGUGUUCAACUGACCGGACUGGGGAAGUAUGUUCUAUAUGAGAUCCAGGUUUUAGCCUUUACCCGCAUUGGAGACGGUCGACCCAGCACUCCUUCAAUCCUGGAGCGAACCCUUGAUGACGUUCCUGGGCCGCCUGUUGUCAUUCUGUUUCCUGAAGUUCGGACCACCUCAGUCAGACUCAUCUGGCAGCCACCUUCCCAACCCAAUGGCAUCAUACUCGCCUAUCAGAUCACAUACCGGCUGAACUCCACCAAUAGCAACACGGCCACGUUUGACGUGUUGAACUCCAGCGCACGGCAGUAUACUGUCACUGGACUGAGGCCGGAAUCGGUGUAUGUGUUUCGUAUCAGAGCGCAGACACGCAAGGGAUGGGGAGAGGCGGCGGAAGCCUUAGUCGUCACUACCGAGAAGAGAGCUCGGCCUCAGCCCACCAGUCGUCCCACAGUCCCUCAGGAGAAUGUGCAGGCGCGCAGUGUGCUGUUGUCAUGGGAACCAGGCAGCGAUGGUUUAUCGCCAAUCCGUUAUUACACGGUUCAGGUCCGCGAGCUGCCCGAGAAGAACUGGACAGUGCAUUCUGCCUCUGUCAGCCACGAGUCCAGCUCCUACAUUGUAGACAGGCUGAAGCCUUUCACCUCGUAUCAGUUCAGAGUGAAGGCCACUAAUGAUAUUGGAGACAGUGACUACAGUCAAGAGAGUGAAGCCAUCACAACACUUCAGGAUGCUCCAGACGAAUCUCCUACAAUUCUCACCGUCACGCCGCACACCACAACCUCGGUGCUGAUUUGCUGGCAGCCCCCUCCUGAGGAGAAGAUUAAUGGAAUCCUGCUUGGCUUUCGAAUCCGAUAUCGGGAGUUGCUUUAUGAUCGGCUUCGAAGUUUUAGUGUUCAUACCAUCAGCAGUGCUUCAGCCAGCUGGGCAGAACUCACAUCUCCAUAUAGCAUGAGAAACCUCAGUGAACCCUCCCUCACCCAAUAUGAGCUGGACAAUCUUCUGAAGCACAAACGCUAUGAAAUCCGAAUGAGCGUGUAUAAUGCUGUGGGUGAAGGUCCAACCAGCUCACCACAGGAAGUCUUUGUUGGUGAAGCAGUUCCCACUGCCCCACCUCAAAAUGUGAUCAUCCAAUCAGCUACUGCCACACAAUUUGAUGUGACGUGGGACCCGCCUCCACUGGAGACUCAGAAUGGAGAUAUUCAGGGCUAUAAGAUUUUCUUUUGGGAAUAUCAGCGAAAAAACGAGACGGAGAAACUGCGGACUCUCUUCCUGCCAGAAGGAGGGGUAAAGUUGAAGAACUUAACAGGCUACACCACCUACAUGAUCAGCGUCGCUGCUUUCAACGCCGCCGGUGAUGGGCCACGCAGCCCACCAACCAGAGGAAGAACACAACAAGCCGCUCCCAGCGCUCCCAGUUUUAUCCACUUCAGUGAGCUCACCACCACCUCUGUGAACGUGUCGUGGGGCGAACCGGUCUUUCCUAACGGCAUCAUCGAGGGCUACAGACUCAUCUAUGAGCCCUGCAUGCCUGUGGAUGAGUCCUCAGUGGCCUGUGUCGACUGUCUUCACUCCCCCUCCCCCCCAGGCGUCAGUAAAAUCGUGACGGUGGACGUGAAGGGAAACGCGCCGCUCUGGCUGAAAAUCAAAGACCUGGCGGAUGGUGUCACGUACAACUUUCGCAUCCGCGCCAAAACCUUCACCUACGGUCCUGAGGUGGAGGCCAACAUCACCACAGGACCCGGAGAAGGAGCCCCUGGGCCUCCUGGUGAGCCAUUCAUCUCACGAUAUGGCUCCGCCCUCACCAUCCACUGGGCCAAUGGGGACCCUGGACGAGCACCAAUCACACGCUAUGUUAUUGAAGCCAGACCCUCAGAUGAAGGAUUGUGGGACAUCUUAAUCAAGGACAUUCCCAAGGAAGUGACAUCGUACACCUUUAACAUGGAUAUCUUGAAGCAGGGAGUCAGCUAUGACUUCAGGGUCAUUGGUGUAAACGAUUAUGGGUACGGCUCACCAAGCCAACCGUCACCAUCCAUAUCAGCCCAGAAAGUAGCUCCGUUUUAUGAGGAAUGGUGGUUUCUGGUGGUGGUGGCUCUGGUCGGCCUUAUCUUCAUCCUGCUUCUGGUUUUCAUCCUCAUCAUCAGAGGCCAGAGCAAGAAAUAUGCCAAGAAAUCUGAUUCAAGCAACAAUUCCAACUGCAAUGCCCUGACACAUGGAGAAAUGGUCAGCCUGGACGAGAGCCGCUUCCCUGCUUUAGAACUGAACAAUCGACGUCUGUCCGUCAAAAAUUCCUUCUGUCGCAAAAAUGGCGUCUAUACCAGGUCACCUCCUCGUCCCAGUCCAGGCAGUCUGAAUUACUCGGAUGAGGACGUCAGCACUAAAUACAAUGAUCUGAUCCCGGCGGAGAGCAGCAGUUUGACAGAGAAACCCUCCGAGAUCUCAGAUUCACAGGAGGCGCUUGUUUUCUCCUUUAAGACUGGGGGCCUUCAAACUCUUCCAACUCAAUGGGGCAGCGACAGUGAAUAUGAGGUGGACCCCAACCGCCAGAAGACCCAUUCCUUUGUCAACCACUACAUCAGCGACCCGACCUACUACAACUCCUGGCGCCGGCAGCAGAAGGGAAUCUCCAGAGCGCAGGCCUACAACUACACAGAGUCUGAGUCGGGUGAGCCCGAACACUGCGCCCCUCCUCCCCCUCUGCCUCCUCUUCCUCCUCUGCCACCGUUCCCCCCUCAGCUCAGCUCUCCUACGCCCCAGAGCCAGUCCCAAACUGGCAGCCUUUUCAGGCCCAAGGGUAGCCGGACUCCCACUCCAUCCCAGCAGAGCUCCAACCCACCCAGUCAGCACGGCACACUUUAUCGGCCCCCAAGCAGCUUGGCUCCAGGCUCCCGAGCCCCUAUCGCCGGCUUCUCCUCAUUUGUUUGAUAGGAUGAAGAUAUCGAAUACACGGAAACACAAAACGAAGACAAGGGGGAUCUUGUUUUCCUAAACGCCUGGUCACUCUACUGAAGAACGGCAACAAAACAUCAAGCCCGGGAUCUGUUGUGCUUUACCUUUAUUUUGAUAUACUUUCUUUGAUCGCACAUGGUUUGUUUUUUUAUUUUCUUUCAGUUUCGCGUUCAUUGUUUUGUUUCUUUGCUUGUGUGUACACUCUGUUUAGAAUGAAAGACAAUCACUUGGAAAGACAUGUAAACGCAUUGGUUUGUUUAUUUUGUGUUGGCUGAAUUAACUGCAUGCCGUUUUUGUUUCGUUUUCUUUUUCGUUUGGCUCUUAUCUUUUUGUUUUGUUCCACAAAAGUACAACACCAACACUAAGUUACCAAUGCUGGACAACACAUGAAAAAGACAUUUAAAACUAAAUAAACAAAUAGCGCUCAGCACUUGGACCACCAGCGGUGACUGACAUCAUGAAAAAAGCUAAAUGGUGGCUUUUACUGUGGUGCUUUUGUUCUUACACAGAUAGCAAAGUGCCGCGGUGAUUAGGGGAGGUUAAAGUUCGUUCGAGUAUGAUCUGAUAAAGACCCGCCUGCACUUAGCACAUGUUUGAGUUUAAAAUCGAACAUCAUUUAUUGAUGUCACAGAUCGGUGUUUUGAGAAGGCCAAAGGUCAAAGUAAGUGCUUCACGCUAAUCUGUGUAAUGAAUGUUUUGUCCUGGAGAGAUGAAAUGUAGAUUGAGGACUUGAGAAUGAGUAUAUUUUCCCCUGUGAUAGAUGGAAGGCCAAAUAUGUAAGAGUCUAAUUCACUAUGAUAUUAUUAUACUAUUGCUCUGGAUUCAGAGUUGUUCUUGUCAGCAGCGGGUGUGUGUGUAUGUGUGUGUGUGUGUGUAUGUGGUGGGCAGGGUCAUUGUUGCUCCUUUUGAUUUGACUCUAUGAUGUCAUCAUCCUGAGGUUCAGGUUGCACUUCGGCUGGACAUAACAGUGGAUAUCAGAUACUUACCAGCAUCUCAGGUGAAGCUGGAGGUCAAAAACUAUCAUCAAAGAGUUCAUACACCUCUCGGAUAUUCCCUUCCCUGCUCAUCCAAAAACGUCAUAGACGCUGACAACAUUUCAAAGAUUGUGCAACCAAGCAUAUGUAUUGUACCUGUGAACUUUAAACCACAUGGAUUUUCUCAACACUUCGCUUCGACACGGCUAUUCAAAGUUACUGAAGAUAAAAGAAAACGGACUAAGGGACCCAACACAAAGCCAGCAGAGAACUUAACGGCACUUGCACAGCUUACUUGUGAGGUUUAAUGAUGUUGUUUGCUAUUUCUUUUCCGUGAAGUGAUUUUACUGUCUGUAUAAACAAGGUCAAUCACAUGCUCAGUCUGCCUGAACACAGUAUAUUCCUAAAUAAAUUAUGUUUUCUGCAAAAGGUA